AGUUUCACACAGCUGGUGGUCAGACACCCUGGGAAGUAGGCUGUGGGUGUGGUCGGCGCUCAUGAUUCUGGAGUAGAGAGAAGUUAGAGGAAGUACCAUUUUAACUGGACUGCUAAAGCCGUGCCUGCAUAGAGCUGGCCUUUGAUUUCCCUGCCAAGAACUAAUGUUUUCACAUCUUACUUUCAACUGUGUCCUGCUGCUGCUGCUGCUGCUACUUGCAAGGUCUUUGGAAGACACAUUUAUUGUCGAGGUCGGCAAGAAUGCAUAUCUGCCCUGCAACUACCCUAUUCCUAGCUCUGGGAUACCAGUGCCUGUGUGCUGGGGCAGGGGACCCUGUCCUUGGUCACGGUGUGGCAGUGGAGUUCUCAGCACUGAUGAAAGAAACGUGACAUAUCAGAAAUCCAGAAGAUACCAGCUAAGGGGGAGUUUCCUCAAAGGAGAUGUGUCCCUGACCAUAGAGAAUGUGACUGUAGAUGACCGUGGGACCUACUGUUGCAGGGUAGAAUUCCCUGGUCUAGGGAAUGAUAAAAAAUUAGACCUGAAAUUAGACAUUAUACAAGCCAAGUUCAGUCCGCCUGCAUCUGCUCAUGGAGACCCUGCUACAACUUCUCCAAGAACCCUGACCACUGAGGGAGACGGCACAGAGACACAGACUCUGGGGACCCUCUAUGAUAAAAAUCGAACACAGAUUUCCACAUGGGUAGAUGAUAUGAAGGACUCUGGAGAAACCAUCAGAACAGCUGUCUACAUCGGAGUAGGGGUCUCUGCUGGGCUGGCCUUGGCACUUAUCUUUGGUGUUCUAAUCCUUAAAUGGUAUUCUUAUAAGAAAAAGAAGUUACAGAAUUCAAGCCUCAUCACACUGGCCAACCUCCCUCCAGCGGGGCUAGUGAAUGCAGGAGCAGGCAGGAAUCGAUCCGAGGAAAACAUCUAUACCAUCGAGGAGAACAUCUAUGAAAUACAGAAUUCAAAUGAGUACUACUGUUACGUCAGCAGUGGGCAGCCAUCCUGACCAUCUCUGGGCCAUCACUUUUUAAGGCUGCUCUUCAUUUCUGACUUUGGCAUUUUCCUUUCCUAUGAAAUAUGUCACCUGAAAAGUUUUGGGGUUUCUAUCCACAGCCACCGAGAAAAGUGUUCCUGUUUCCUAGGGAUAAUUAGUUCACAAGGGGAUUCACCUGUAACCUAUGCUAUAUUAAAAUACACCAACCCAGAGACUGCUAAUAAUGGAUAUUGAAGCUCACAUGUGCUUUCAUACAUUAGGAGUGCUUAGUCUGAUGUCUCCAGAGCACUGGGACAUUCAUGAUUGUGAUAUGUCCACAAAGCUCCUGAACAACAAAUAGGGGGAAUAUUAGUCUAAGAUAGAAAGGUGCGAGUCUCUGUGGAUGCAGGCAAUCUAAAGUGGCUACUGGUUUUUCUAGAGAUUUCUGACGUUGAAAGACUAAGAAAGAGCCAGGUGACAGAUGCUUAUAAUUACUUAACUUGGGAGACUGAUGCAGGAAGAUCCUGAGUUCAAGACCAGUAUGGGCUAUGAUGGUGAGCCUUUUGUGUUAAAAACAAAAGACAAACAAACAAGCAACCCUACCAUGGGGCUGGAGAGAUGACUCAGGCAGUGAAGUGCUUGUUGUGCAAGCAUGAGGAAUCUGAGUUUGAUCCCCAGAACCCACGUGGAGAAGCCAGGCAUGCUAGUGCAUUCCUCCAAACUUAGAGAUGGGGAGGUGAUGGACAAAGCAGAUCCCUGGGGCUUGGUUGCCAGGCAGCUUAGCCUAGUUGCUAAGUUCCUACUCACCAAGAGCCCCUGACUCAAAAUAAGGUGGGCUGUAUUCCUGGGUUCCUGAGGAAAGAUAAAGGAGGUUGUCUUCUGGUCUUCACACACAUAUGUGAAUGUACCUGCACACACACACACACACACACACACACACAACACACACACACACACACACGAAAGAAAUGAAGGAAGGAUCAGAGCAGGACUAGACAACAGUGAAGGAAUUAUGCCUAAGACUAGGAACCCCCUGAACAUGUCCACCACACACAGGGGUUUAUUAAAAAAUGAACUUGAGUUCAGGGGGUCACCCAGCAGCACUCCCGUGCAGUGAGUGGGUGAGAGGGGUGCCCAGAACCAGCAGGAGGAGUGAGCUUAUAAAGGGAAAAGCCAUAAGCUAGGGGAGUGCAAGCCUUGGGUGUGUGCUUCCUGGGUCGAUUGGCCCUGGGGUUAAGUAAGCUUUUGGAAAUUUCCAUUAGAACAUCUAAUGACCUAUUGGGGUAUCUGGUGACUGUGAUAAGACGUCUGUUUCCUCAGUGUCAGGCUGAUUCAGCAGGAUGUGGGGGUCCUGGAACGACUUUUAGCUGUUUGUUUGUUUGUUUUUUCCCUGUGAACUGGGUUCAGGGUCUGGUCAGCAGCUUCUCAAGAUGGUGUCAAGCCUAAAACGGAGUUAGUCUUGCCUGCUGGUGCCUGGCCUCUGGAAGGUUCUAUCUGGGCCUGCUGCCUCUCUAUAAUGUGUAUUUCUACGAUUCCCCUCUGUCUUCUGUGUGGGAGCAUACAGUACAGAUAGUACAGACCUGUAAUUAAUUCCAUCACUCAGAAGGCUGAAGCAGGGGCAUGAAGAGUUUGUGAACAUUCUGUGCUACAUAACCUUCUUCACAAAAAGAAAACGUUCAUCACCAGCCUGUGCCUAUAAAAGGAAACUCUCUUUGCCAAAGACAAACCUUGACUGUUGUGUCCUCAAAGGGAAGUGCCUCUGGCAACUUCUCCAUUCACAGAGGAAACUGGAGUUGUGUUUUUCACAGAAGAAGAACCGGUGACUGGGACAUUCAUUUUGCUUCCUGACAGAAAGAAGGCAGAUGCCUGGCGUCAGUGUGUCUAGUCAGUCAGCCUCAGUGGUCAUCAACCCUAAUAUCCAAGCUGGUGGAGAUCAAUUUUUGUCAGGCUUAUAAUGGUGUGCUCCAUGCCUUGAUGGGUGUGUAAUGUAACAGAACCUAAUUCAACAGCCCUGAGUGGAAAAAAUCAAAUGAGCAGAAAGAUAGCUUUGUUGAAAGACUUUUUGCACUGGAGAGCACUAUGUAGAUCAGACGACAUUUGUACAUCAGAGGACACAGGCAUCAGGCAUCUGCUGUUUGUACGAGUUUUUCUUGUAUGGAUUUUGUUGUUUGGGCUACAUCUAUCUAGUUUGGGGAGGUACUGGCUUUCUUAGGUGGGUAUGGAAGGGAGAUCAACUGACAAAAACCAAUUAGAGGUAAUGGCUUUCAUGCAGGUGAGGAAAGUAAUCACAAAUGUUUUAAAGUUAUGAAACUGUACUGGGGAAGGACUUUAAACUGAAUCAAUGGUUUCCUCCAUCAGUCUUCUUGUUGGACAAAGAUUUUAAGCAUGGAUACAAAGAUGAUCACUGUAUUAGUAUUUUCGGGGGACUUUUUACAUCAGUGGGGGGUGGUUGAUUGCAUGGUAUAAUAGUUUAUUGGUUGCUAACUUGAUAGGGUCUAAAAUCACCUUGGAGAUGAAUCUCUGGCCGUCUGUGAGGCACUUUCUAGAUUAUGGUAGUUGAGGUGGGAAGACCCACUCUGAAUGUGGGUGGGGUCAUUCCAUGGGCUGGUGUCUUGAUAAAGCAAGUAUAGCACCAGCAUCCAUCUCUUUCUGCUUCUUAACUACCAUUGCUAUGUGACCAGCAAGUUCUUGUUCUUAUUACGGUGUCUCCCCACCAUGAUGGGCCAUGUCCUCUUGACUUACAAAUCAAAAUAAAUCUUUUCCUUUUAAA